AUGUACAUCGUGGAUGACGCAAGGAGUGAAAGGAGCAAAAACCUCGAUGUCACCAACGUCCCUCUCGGCCUCCGAGGCAAAGCGCAGGAGGAAGAGAAUGUGAAAGUCGUGCUGGAGUAUAUGGAGAUAGCAUAUUCCCCCACAAACGCCGGCUCUGACUCCGUGGCCCACCUCUGCGCCCCGGGAAACACGUUCGAAGCCCGUUCCACCUUCCCCGAUGCGCACACCGCUGAGGAGUACGCGGAGAGCCACGCCAAGGUGAUGCAUGCGUUGAAUAAUCUGGAGAUUGUGAGGUUUGACUAUGUGAUUGCUAAGGAGAACUUCGUCUCCCUCCGCUACACAGCAACAGGCUCGCAUGUCGGCGCGCCACACAACGACAUUCGGCCUACAGGACGUCGAGCACAGUGGACUGCAUGCGGAAACUUUGUGCUCGACAACUUCAACACUGCAGCUGGAGAAAAAUCGAGGAUCAGGAAGUGGUUGAAGGGUUGGGAUAAGACGCAGAUGUGGCAACAAUUAAGAUGGGUCAGGCCCAAUAACGACAAGGUCUAA